AUGACACCCGAGGAGGAGGCGCGCCACAAGUUCAUCAUGCGCGAGCGAGAUCGAGAGAGAAAGCGCAUCAAGCGACUGAAUCCCGAAUAUCGGCGAAUGGAGCGCGAGCGCGAUAGAUUUCGCAAGAAGGCACGACGUGCUAACUUGACGCCCGAGGAGGAGUUGCGCCAGAAAAUGAUACAACGCGAACGGGAUCGCGAACGGAAGCGCAUCAAACGCAUGAAUCCCGAGUAUCGACGUUUGGAGCAGGAACGCGAUCGGGAUCGGAAGAAGGCGCGACGUGCGAAUGAGGCAUUCAGGCAGCUGGAGAAGCUGCGCGAUAAGAUACGCAAGGAGCGCAAGAAGGGACUCCUGGUGACGGAUGCUACGCAAUUGCCGCAUGAAUUUGCCUCAAUUAUACCGCCAGUGCCUGUUGAGCCUGAGCAGCAGCAACCAAUCAACACACACCUGCAACAGCAGCAGCAGCAACAUCAACUUGCUGCCGCCGCCGCAGCUGCAGCGGCACAUCAGCAACAGCAGCAGCAGCAGCAGCAACAACAGCAGCAGCAACAGCAACAACAUCGUCGUCGCAACAUGUCGCAUGUGGCAACAUCGGCGGCGACGCUGACGCAAUUGUCAGCGCCCGCUGGCCAUGCGACGCCGACGCACCUGCAACAGUUGAAUAAGCUGCAACAAUUGUAUCCGCCACCCAGCUUUGGUCAUCCCGCGUUGCCCAUUGCCGGCGUCACGUUGAUGCCACAACUCUGCCAUCCCAUAUUGCAUCAGAAUCUGGGCGCCACACUGUAUGCGGCGCCACCGAACGGCAUCAAGCAGGAAUACGGCCAAGAUGUGAGUAGCCUCAGUGCAGCGGCAGCAGCCGCCGCAGCGGCAGCAACCAGCUCUGCCUCAGCAGUGGCUGCGGCACAGGCAGCGGCGCUGGCCUCGUUGCGUGGCGUCCAGACAGAGGAGUCCGAAAUGGCGCUGAAUCUCGAACCGGAGAUCAUCUUGCAAACGCCAGCCGAUGUCAAUCCCGCGCAGCAUCACUUUAAUGCACACCAGCAACAGCAGCAGCAGCAGCAACAACAACAGCAGCAGCAACAUCAUUUGCAACAGCAGCAGCAGCAGCAUUGCAACAUGUUUCAGCAUAUGGCGCCACAGGCGCACAUGCAACAUAUGCGUGCAGCGCCGCUGCCACCGCCGCCAACAGCAGUGACGCUGCCGCCACCGCCACCGCCACAGCAACAACAGCAGCAGCCAGCACCGCCACCAGCAGCACCAUCGCAGCAACAGUUGCAGCCGCAACAUGCGCAGCAGUGAGAGGAGAGAGAGAUUCAUGCACUCGCCUUUAGUUCAUAAGCUCAACUAGCCACAUACGCAUUUUCAUCCUUAUUAUUUAAGCGGAAGAGAGGGGAGAGAGUUACACACAGCGGGGAGAGUGUGAUACGAGUGUACUCACAAGUUGGUCUUGUCAGCGAACUAGUUGCAGUUCAUUAAUAUUUAUCUAAUGCCUAAAGUUAAAUUCAGUUGAGACUUUACAGCACUCAAAACUUAACUCUCUUGUUUAGAUCAAGUAAAAUAUGGUUCUUUC